AUGGAAGCAAACAUUAAAUUGAGGGCCAAAGAAGGUGACAAGGUUGAAGAUGCAUCAGCCUAUCGAAGAUUGAUUGGACGACUCAUGUAUCUCACAAUCUUCAGACCAGACAUAACAUUUGCAGUGACAAAACUAGCCCAGUUUAUGUCUGACCCAAGAGUUUCACACCACAAUGCAGUUCACCAAAUCUUAAGAUAUCUCAAAGAAGCACCGAAUCAAGGUAUUCUUUUAUCCUCAAACUCGAAGUUCAACUUGUCAAUCUACAUUGAUGCAGAUUGGGAGAGCUGCCUCGAUACUAGGAGGUUUACUACCGGCUACUGCACUUUCUUGGGGGAUUCCUUAAUUUCGUGA